GAAUUCGACCACUUCCUGUUUUCGACCGGCCCCGGUAAAUUAUUCAUGCAUAAGUAAAAUAAGCGAAUUUCCGGACGUCGCGCGCAAGUUUUGUUUACAAGUGUCGGUGAAAUGUCAUCCAGGUUUAAAUGACGUAAAAUGGAGAUCCGACAGAAAACUAAUCCUGUCCGUGGCCCCUACAGGUCAUCCUAUGACAUUGAUGACUUACAAAGGGCCUUUAUGGCUGUAAAAGACAAUCAAAUGUCAAUUAGAAAAUCAGCAUUGUACUUUAAUGUCCCCAAAACAACACUUAUUGACAGGUUGCAUGGGAGAAUUAGUAUUGGCACUGUGAAACCAGGCCCUGACCCACUGUUUACUCUUGAUCAGGAGUCUCUACUGGCAAGUCACAUCCAAACUAUGGGUGAAGUAGGCUUUGGGUACACCAGGCAAGAGACUAUAAACCUUGCAAGUGAUUAUGCCUUCACCUUAGGCCUGAGACCAAGAGAAAAACCUCUUACUGAUCGUUGGUUGUACAAGUUUUUGGACCGGUGGCCAGAACUAAUGGUGAAAAAAACAAGGAGCCUUGAUAUAGCCCGUGCAAGAUGUGCGACAAGAGAUGCUGUGGAUCGAUAUUUCAACAAAUUGCAUGAAACUCUUGUCAAGUAUGAUCUAUUAUCAAAACCCCAUCGGUUGUACAAUAUUGAUGAGAAGGGGCUCAGUCUAGAACAUAAACCACCAAAAAUUGUCUCAUCAAAGCAUGGCACAACUCCUGCCGUGACAGGUAGCAGAGGAAAAAAUGUAACUGUCAUUGGUUGUGUAAAUGGGGUAGGUCAGCAAGUGCCUCCUUACUUUGUUUUUCCAGGUCAGAGAAUGCAGCCAAGUCUGUUAGAUGGUGUGACACCUGGUACAAAUGGAACAGUUUCCCCAACAGGAUGGUCUAAUUCAGAGGUGUUCUCUGGUUAUUUGAAAGAGCACGUCUUACAAUACUUACCCCUACGAUCACAAAAUGAACCAGUCCUGAUACUUUAUGAUGGCCACAGUAGUCACAUUUCACUGGACCUAAUACAAUGGGCUAAACAGGAAGAUAUUAUCCUCUUUGUAUUAACCCCUCAUUGCAGCCACCUAUUGCAACCCCUAGAUGUCAGCUGCUUUGGACCCUUCGAGGUUGCUUGGAACGCAGCUCUACACAGCAACUUAAGAGCAUCUGGGGGUCGUACACUAUCACGAUAUGAUGUUGCCAGUUUAGCUUGUAAAGUGUACAGCUCAACACUCACAGCUACCAACAUUCAAGCUGCCUUCCGCAAGAGUGGUGUUUACCCAUUCAACAAAAAUGUGAUAUCUGAUCACCAAGUGGCCCCAUCAACCUGUUUCCACGUUACAGCUGCAGGUGAUGCUUGUAGUAAAGGGUCUGAGCCGUUGGAGGAUAAUGAAAAGGCAGAUCAGUUUUUACAGGAGCGUGGGGGCAAGAUUUUGCAAAAUGUGGACACAGCAAAAAAACUAAGAAACACACUUAGCAAAGUUGUAGGUGGACAAGCUGUUACUGAAACUGAAGUCCUUAACAAAAUUCAGACAUAUAAACAUAAUCAAAGUAACAAACGUUCAAAAGAUGCAAAUAAAGAAAAUAUCAAUCCAAGACCAAGUGUAUCUGGUUGUGCCAAAAAACCUAAGGUUAUAAGAACAGUGACUGAAAGUGAUACAUGUAGUUCUGAGGAAGAUAUAACAGACUCUGAAAAAUGCAUUGUGUGCAAAAAGUUUAGCCCUGACCUAAGUAAGAGGCCAUACAUUGUUAUUGUGAAAUGGGGACAGUGUGACAAGUGUUCUGGCUGGGUCCACCUGUCUUUCUGCACAACUAUCAGAGUUAUCAGAAGGGGAGACAACUUCUUGUGCCCCCAGUGCUCAACCAAUUAACAUGAAUAUAAAAUUAAACAAGUACUGUAAAUAUGUUCAAAAUAUGUUCCAAAAUAAAACAGUUUUUUGCAGUUUAAAUUACUUUAGAUUAUAUUUACUGUUGUUUAAAGCACUUUAAAAUGA